UCGGAUUUUUCUCUCAGCUUCAAUUUUUUUUUUCACUUUCAGAUCUCUAUUUUUCAGUUACAGACUUUUGGCCCUGUUUUGGCGUGGUGGGCGUGGCUACACAGAGAGGGGCGGGGAAUCAUGAGUGACAGCAGAUCGCUGCAGGCUCAAGAUGGUCCAUUUUUCAUGUUGCCUUCAGGAAACCUGGGAAUGAACAUAAUUUAUCAAACACCUCCUGCACUGUAUUAUUUGAUAAUGUUUAGAAAACAUGUCAUGCAUAACUGCUAAAACUCAGUUACUAAAGCUCUUUCAAGCAGUAAUGUGUACAAAUUACGCCGUAACUGAUCAAUUAUGAGACGUUUUCCCAGUCACUACGUGAGAAGUGGUCAUUUCCCAUGCUCUCAAAGUAGCGCGCAUUGUAUCGGGUGGGGGCUGCUGUUAACUUGUCCCUCAGUGAACGAUGGCGUCGUCUUCCAACAACACUGCCGGCGCGAACAAUCAGGAGCAGCGAAAAAGAGAGAUGCUUCAGCGACUACUGCAUAAAGUUUCCCAGGUCAUGCACAGACAACCCCUCGAUGUGGACUAUUUGCAGUUUGUUAUCGACCAUGAGAUGGUCCUUUUAAGAUCUUUGUCCGAUCAGGUUGAGAUCCCUCAAAGUAUUAUAAAUGCUCUGAUAGAGCUGUCAACUGUGCUCAGUAUGGAGGACGUCAAUGAACAAACCCCCUCUCAGAUGUCAGUGUCAGAAGGAAAGCUGGGACGUCCAAAUUACAAUGUAUCGCCUGUACAGCUCCAGAUACUGACAGAAAUGUUCUUAUCAAUCACCCAAAUUGCAAAACUUCUUGGAAUAUCUGUGAGGACAGUGAAACGUCGUUUGCAUGAAUAUGGCAUUUCCAUAAAGCAGUGCUACAGUACAACAAGUGAUGAAGAGCUGGACAAUUUAGUAAGAUCUAUAAAGACAAGAACACCUCAUGUUGGAUACAGGAUGAUGAAAGGGAUGCUUCAAGCCAUGGGCCACCAUGUACAGUGGAAGAGAGUGUACUCGUCGAUGCACCCUGUGGACUCUGCUGGUAUUUUCUCAAGAAUGACAAGGCUGGGAUUUGUGGUCCGAAGGACAUAUUCAGUGCAAGGUCCUCUUUACUUGAUGCAUAUAGACACAAACCAUAAACUAAUAAGAUCAUGUACAUGGGUGCUGCUGCCAACAACAGAGCAUCAACUGCACGCGCUUUCUUCUUGGAGGCUGUACAAAAGUAUGGCUUUCCAUUGAGAGUUCGAGGGGAUCAAGGAGUGGAAAAUGUUGGAAUAGCAAGAUGCAUGUUCACCAUCCGGGGCUGUGGAAGAGGAAGCUUUCUGUCAGGCAAGAGUGUUCACAACCAAAGAAUAGAGCGCUUGUGGCGAGAUGUGUGGAUGGCUGUUUCAAGCGUGCACUAUGAAACCCUUCACAACCUCGAGGAUGAAGGCCUUCUGGAUCCAACUGAUGGUGUGCACAUGUUUUGUGCCCAACAUACAUUUCUUCCACGUCUGCAGAGGGAUCUGGAUGUCUUUAGACAGGGUUGGGAUAACCACCCUCUAGGGACAGAGAGGAAUCUGUCCCCACAACAACUGUGGACACUGGGACUCCACCAGAAUCCAGUUGAUACUCCAGACACAGUGGAGGAAAUCGAGGAUGCGUACUUGGAUGUCAACUCUAUUGGUGAGCUGGAUGGGAGCAAUCCUGGAGUAAUUCUUCCAUCUGUUGAAUGUCCUCUAUCUGAGGAGGACAUGGCAAGACUAAGAGACACUGUCAAUGUAACAAGGCCCUCUCAGUCACAUGGCCGAGACAUUUAUUUGGAUGUACUUAACUUUGUACUAACUCACCGUUCCUAG